GAACGUACUUGCUCGAAAGUUUCACUCGUUUAAGUGAAUUCAAUAUCGUAUGGCUGAGCAGAAAUUCGGAAUAUUUACUUGUACAGAUUCUCAAAUGGUCGAUAAAUAUUAAAUCUCCAAGUUAGAAAAUCACUGGAACCAGGUUGUUUACAAAACAAAUAUGGAAGACGCAGAAGCCAAAACAGACAAGAAAAAUUGCACGUUUUUAUUUAAAAGAAGAAAAAAUCGAAGUGCGGCUAGAAAACGUAAAACAGCACAUGACGAAGAGGAGAGCAGCGAGGAUGAAACUACGGUAGUAAAGAAGGAGAAGAAGCAAGAUGAUCACAAUCCUAUGAAACAAAGCACUAAUACAAGAAGAUUUAAGGAUCAAAGGAAAGAGAUUAAUCAUGAUAGUAGCGAGGAGGAAGGUAUUACAGUUUCUUAUAAAAGCUCCAGGACUCCUAUGCCAGCAGGGCCAAGUGAUCAAGGAGCAACAGCAGUGUUAGAGACAGAGACAGAGAAAGACAAGGAUGCUCAAGCUUUGUUUGAAAAGGCUCAAAAAAUAAACGAAGAACUGGAAGGAAAAGAAGAUGAUAAAAUUUACAGAGGCUUGAACAAUUAUGCUCAAUAUUAUAAGAAAAAGGACACAGCUGCUGGAAAUGCCUCCAGUGGUAUGGUACGUAAAGGACCUAUCAGAGCACCAUCUAACCUCAGAGCAACAGUUAGGUGGGACUAUCAACCAGAUAUAUGUAAAGAUUACAAGGAAACUGGUUUCUGUGGUUUUGGAGAUAGCUGUAAAUUUCUUCACGAUCGUUCGGACUACAAAUUAGGCUGGCAAUUGGAAAGAGAAGCGGCCACAGGAGAGUACAAUAACAGUGGAGACGAGGAUGACAAGAAAUACGAGAUAAAUAGCGACGAAGAAACAUUGCCGUUCAAAUGUUUCAUAUGCCGGAAUAGUUUUACGGAUCCUGUGAUUACGAAAUGCAAGCAUUAUUUCUGCGAGAAAUGCGCCCUAGAGCAGUACAAGAAGAGCACAAGGUGUUACAUAUGCAACGUACAAACGAACGGCGUGUUCAAUCCAGCCAAAGAGCUGAUUGCACGGACAAAAAUGGAAGAGAAGGCGAAUGCAGUCGAGGACGAUGAACUUUCUGACAAUUAA